AUGACCGAGUCUUUGAGACCUAAAAAAAAGUCCAAAACCUCGACUAUAGAUACUGAGAAUGAAGAUAUAGAAGAUGGAUAUGGACUAGAUCUCGAUAAGAGAUUCCAAACGACGAUAAAGUACGCCAAGAAGUUUGAAGACGGUAAGAUAAAUCCGUUCACGGGCAGAGAGUUUUCUGAUAAAUAUGUAAGCAUUUUAAAGACAAGAAGGAAUCUCCCUGUUCACCAGCAGCGAAAGGAGUUUCUAAAGAUGUUUCAGUCGAGUCAGAUCAUGGUUCUUGUUGGUGAGACAGGUUCUGGUAAGACCACUCAGAUUCCACAGUUUGUUCUAUACGAUGAUAUGCCUCAGCUUACAGGAAGUCGAGUUGGAAUUACUCAACCCAGAAGGGUGGCUGCCAUGUCUGUUGCUGCGAGAGUUGCCGAUGAAAUGGACGUUAAAUUGGGUGAAGAAGUUGGUUAUAGUAUUCGUUUUGAAAAUAUGACUUCUAGUAAGACUGUCUUGAAGUAUAUGACUGACGGUAUGUUACUUCGUGAAGCCAUGGAAGACCACGAUCUAUGCAAGUACUCUUGCCUCAUAUUGGAUGAGGCCCAUGAAAGAACGUUGGCCACGGAUAUAUUGAUGGGCAUGUUGAAACAGCUUUGCGAAAGAAGGAAAGAUCUCAAGUUAAUCAUCAUGUCGGCCACUUUGGAUGCUGAAAAGUUUCAGAGCUACUUCAAUAGUGCCCCGUUAUUGACGGUUCCUGGACGUACGUAUCCUGUGGAGCUAUAUUAUACUCCAGAAUUUCAGAGAGAUUAUUUGGAUGCUGCAAUUAGAACCGUUUUACAAAUUCAUGCGACUGAAGAAGCCGGAGAUAUUUUACUUUUCCUAACAGGUGAAGAAGAAAUUGAAGACGCUUGUAACAAAAUCAGUUUGGAGGCAGACCAGCUAAUUAGAGAGGAAGGAUGUGGUCCUUUAAAAGUGUAUCCAUUGUAUGGUUCGUUACCACCGUAUCAACAGCAAAAGAUUUUUGAAAAGGCACCUCAAGCUUUCAAGCCUAAUGGAAGACCUGGAAGGAAGGUGAUUGUUUCCACCAAUAUUGCAGAGACAUCUUUGACCAUCGAUGGUAUUGUGUACGUGGUUGACCCUGGUUUCAGCAAGCAAAAGGUCUAUAACCCUAGAAUCAGAGUGGAAUCAUUACUUGUUUCCCCAAUUUCCAAGGCUUCUGCUCAACAGAGAGCCGGUAGAGCUGGUCGUACCAGACCCGGUAAAUGCUUUAGACUCUACACUGAAGAAGCCUUCAAGAAGGAACUGAUACAGCAGAGUUACCCAGAGAUUCUCAGGUCCAAUCUAUCCUCUACUGUGUUGGAAUUGAAGAAGUUGGGAAUUGAUGACCUUGUUCAUUUUGAUUUCAUGGACCCUCCUGCUCCCGAGACAAUGAUGAGAGCAUUGGAAGAGUUGAAUUAUCUAGACUGCUUAGACGAUGAAGGCGAACUAACGUCUCUUGGUCGUAUGGCCUCGCAUUUCCCCUUGGAUCCCAUGUUGGCUGUGCUUCUCAUUAUAUCACCUAAGUUUCACUGUUCCGAGGAAAUUCUUACAGUUGUCUCUAUGCUUUCUGUUCCUAAUGUGUUUGUGAGACCCGGAGGUGCUGGUGCUAGAAAGGCAGCUGAAGAUGCCAAAAUGGCUUUUGCGCACCCUGAUGGUGACCAUUUGACCCUGUUGAACGUUUAUAAUGCAUUUAAUUCGGACGAGGCUAGGCAAACUGGUGGCAGAAAAUGGUGCAAAGAGAACUUUCUUUCAUUUAGAUCGUUGAAGAGUGGCGAUAAUGUCAGAAGACAACUAUCUAGAAUCAUGGAGUCCUAUAAUUUGGAGAUGAAUUCCACGGCAUACGAAGAUCCAAAAUACGAUGAUAACAUCAGAAAAGCGCUUACUGCCGGCUUUUUCAUGCAGGUGGCUAAGAGAAAGAGCACAGGUAAGGGCUACAUUACUGUUAAAGAUAGUCAGGAUGUUUUGCUGCAUCCAUCUACGGUGUUGAGUAAACAAGAUGAGUGGGUAAUCUACAACGAGUUUGUCUUGACAUCAAAGAACUACAUUCGUACCGUUACUAGCAUUAGACCUGAAUGGUUGUUGGAAUGUGCUCCAAUCUACUAUAACUUGGACCACUUCCAUGAGGACGAUGUCAAGAUGACUUUGGAGAGGGUCCGUGAUAGAAUGGAAAAGCCGGACAAGAAGCACAAUGGAAAGAAUUUCUAA